AUGCCUGGUAUCGUCUCGGCGACCGGCGUUCUCGCCUUCCUCACCGACGAGGAGCCUGAACUGAAGGUCUUUGCUUUGCAGACCCUCAACGACGACAUAGAUACUGUCUGGACCGAAGUUGCUGCUGUGCUGACCCAAAUUGAAGCGCUCUACGAAGAUGAAUCCUUCCCCGAACGCCAGCUUGCCGCUCUUGUUCUCGCAAAGGUCUACUACCACCUUCAGGCCUACAACGACAGUAUGGUGUUUGCACUCGCCGCCGGUGAUCUAUUCAAGCUCGAUUCCCCCGGAGAGUUUGAGGAGACCAUCAUCUCCAAAUGCGUGGAUCAAUACAUCGCCGUCACCGCUGCAAAGAAGGCGGCCCCUCCGGCUUCCGAGAAUGACGAUCUCCCGGAGCUAGCUACCACUUUCGCUAGUGGUGCUGAGGGAGCUGUCAUGUCUCCUACCACUCCCUUUUCGCGAACGACUUUGCCUCCCAAAUCUUUGCUCUCUCGUGAUUCAAUCGACAACACUAUUCUUGAGGCUACCUUCCAGCCUUCGUUUAAACAGUUUCGGUCUGGCUCCAUUGCUGAGCUUCCUGAACAGGCCACCGACUCUUUGCAGAGGGUCAUUGACAGACUCUUCGAGAGCUGCUUAGAGAAAGGUCAGUACCGACAGGUAGUCGGUAUUGCCGUCGAGGCAAAGAAUCUGGAUGUCCUUCGAAGCGUCAUUAAGCGAGCGAGCGAUGAUGAAAAAAAGGCCUUAUCAAACCCCCUCGAAAGCUCCCCCGGCCCGGCCGAGGACUUGAUUGAAUACACGCUAGGUAUCUGCAUGGAUAUUGUUCAGGAGAGAGGUUUCCGAACCGAGAUCCUGAAACUCAUCCUUGGGCUCCUGAGUCAAAUUCCCAACCCUGACUACUUUGCCAUUGCCAAGUGUGUAGUCUAUCUCAACCUUCACGAAAAUGCCUUUCUCAUGCUUCAAGAGCUCGUUACAAAGGCUGACCGAUCUUCCAUCGCCAUUGCCUACCAAAUCGCUUUCGACCUUUACGACAACGGUACACAAGAGUUCCUGGCCAAGGUUUUGGAUUCACUACCUGCCAGCGAGCCUGCCAAGAGCGCGCUCGACGAAAAUGGUGAACAGGCCAACGAGAGCGAGUCCCUCCUUCAGAACCAGCAAGAUUCUCCUAAGGAUGAUCUUCCCGAGCCUCUACUCAAGGCCUACAGAAAUAUUCGAGCUAUCCUUGACGGUAGUAAGACCAUUCGUUUGAACCUCGAGUUUCUCUACCGCAACAACCGAACCGACUUGAGUAUUCUCAACAAGGUCCGCGACAGUCUGGAAGGUCGAAAUUCGAUUUUCCAUACUGCUGUCACAUUCUGCAACGCUUUCAUGAACCAGGGAACCACAAACGAUAAAUUCUUCCGCGAUAAUCUGGAAUGGUUAGGCAAGGCAGUCAAUUGGUCCAAGUUUACCGCUACUGCCGCGCUUGGUGUCAUUCACCGUGGAAACCUUUCACAGUCCAGAAAGCUUCUUGAGCCUUAUCUCCCUAGGCAAGGUGGCCUUAGCAGUGGCUCUAUCUUCAGCCAGGGCGGUGCCCUCUACGCCUAUGGACUAAUUCAUGCCAAUCAUGGAGCAGAGGCGUUGGACUACCUGAAGGAGCAGUUCAGUCAAGCUGAGGAGGAAGUUGUUCAACAUGGUGGCGCUCUUGGCCUCGGUAUCGCAGGAAUGGCCACUGGCGAUUCCAGUAUCUAUGAAAAGCUCCGGGAGGUUCUCUUCCAGGAUUCUGCCCUCAAUGGCGAAGCUGUCGGCUUAGCCAUGGGUCUCGUCAUGCUUGGUACGGGCAAUGCUAGGGCCCUGGAGGACAUGAUUACAUAUGCACACGAGACUACCCAUGAGAAGAUCCUCCGUGGUCUUUCGAUUGGUAUGGCUCUCAUCAUGUUUGGUCGCCAAGAAGGAGCCGAUGUCUUGAUUGAGGGUCUCCUCAACGACCCUGACCCUACUCUCCGAUACGGUGGUAUCAUGACUGUUGCUCUUGCCUACUGUGGUACUGGCAGCAACAAGGCCAUCCGAAAGCUCCUUCACACUGCAGUCAGCGACGUCAACGACGAUGUUCGUCGUAUUGCCGUGAUGAGUCUGGGUUUCAUCCUUUUCCGUAAGCCUGGUAGUGUACCUCGAAUGGUCGAGCUUCUAUCUGAGUCUUACAACCCUCAUGUUCGAUAUGGUUCCGCCAUGGCCCUCGGUAUCUCGUGUGCCGGCACUGGCCUUGAUGAGGCCAUCGAUCUGCUCGAGCCUAUGAUGAAGGACCCUACAGACUUUGUACGACAGGGUGCUUUGAUCUCCCUUGCUAUGAUCCUCGUUCAGCAAAAUGAGGUCAUGAACCCUAAGGUCGCAUCAAUCCGCAAGACUCUUAAGAAGGUGGUCGGUGACCGUCACGAAGAUGCCAUGACUAAGUUUGGUGCUGCCCUAGCGCUAGGUAUCAUUGAUGCUGGUGGUCGCAACUGCACCAUUGGUCUUCAGACCCAAACCGGUAACCUCAACAUGGCUGGUAUCGUUGGUAUGGCUGUCUUUACUCAAUAUUGGUACUGGUUCCCUUUCACCCACUUCCUGUCGCUGAGCUUCUCUCCCACCUCCAUUAUCGGACUAGACCACGACCUUGAGAUUCCUGAUAUCAAGUUCCACUCUGCCACCCGGCCAAGUCUCUUUGACUAUCCUCCUGAGCAAGAAGUCAAGACUGAGGAGGGACCCGCGCUGAUCGCUACCGCCAUCUUGUCGACCACAGCGCAGGCAAAGCGACGAGCUCAGAAGAAGGAGCGCGCUCAACGACGAGAGAGCAUGGAUAUCGACAGUGCCCCCAUCAAGCCCAGUGGUGACAAAAUGGAAGUCGAUGAGGACAAGAAGGCCGAUGAAACCAAUGACAAGAAGGAGGAGCAAGAGAAGGACGCCGCUACUUCUAUGGAGACGAAGAAGAAGCCCGAGAAGGAGAGGGUUGGCUAUGAGAUUGAGAACAUGACCCGAGUGCUCCCCGGCCAACUCAAGUACAUCAGCUUCUCCGCUGACCGCUACAGGCCUCCUACUGGCGGUCCCCUGCUACUUAUUGAUAACGACCCUGAGUCGCCAAAGGCGUUGUUGGAGGAAAAACUGAAGAAGGUUACAACAGAGCGAGCUCCUGUCGCGGGUCAGCAAACCGCUAGAGGUGGACGAUCCGGCGGCCAAGGACGUUCUCUACUUGAAGGUAUCGCCGAAUCCCAGCGGGGAGGAGCCAACAGUGCUAUGCUCGGACAGCUGUUGCGCAACUCAGGCCGGUCGCCGUUCGGUCUUCUUGAUGCCGACCCCCAAACUCCUGGUGGUAACGCAUCGGGUGCUGCAGCCGCUGCCGGUGUUUUGACUGCUGUUGACGAGGACUCUGACGACGAAGAGGCCAAGACACCUGGCGAGUUCGAGUACUUCACAGAUGCUGAGGAUGACGAAGACGAAGACGACGACGAGUAG